AUGUCCUCUACUACUACUGCUCCUGCAGCGCUUGAUGCCUCUAAGUUGGUGAUCCAUAAAACCAGUACCCCUAAGGAAAAGCUUCCCAAUGAAAAGUUAGUCUUCGGUAGAUCAUUCACCGAUCACAUGUUGACUAUCCCAUGGAACAGAACUGCCGGAUGGGGUACGCCUGUUAUUAAGCCAUACGCUCCUCUUACUUUGGAUCCGUCUGCCGUUGUGUUCCAUUAUGCCUUUGAGUUGUUUGAAGGCUUGAAGGCUUACAGAGAUCCCAAGGGUCAGAUCAGAAUGUUCCGUCCUGACAAGAACAUGAUCAGAAUGAAUAAGUCUGCCGACAGAAUAUGCUUGCCUACGUUUGAAAACGAGGAAUUGAUAACCUUGAUCGGAGAGCUCUUGAAGGUCGACUCUUCUUUCAUUCCAAGCGAAAGGGGCUACUCUCUCUACAUUAGGCCAACCAUGAUUGGUACUACCCCGGGUUUGGGUGUGCAUACACCAGAUGAUGCUCUUUUGUACGUUAUAUGCUCCCCGGUUGGCCCUUACUAUUCGACCGGUUUCAAGGCUGUUCGUUUGGAGGCCACCGAUUACGCCGUUAGAGCCUGGCCUGGUGGAGUUGGUGACAAGAAGUUGGGUGCUAAUUAUGCUCCAUCUGUUAAGCCACAAUUGGAGGCAGCCAAGAGAGGUUACCAGCAGAAUUUAUGGUUGUUUGGCCCUGAAAAGCAUGUCACGGAGGUUGGUACUAUGAACUUUUUCAUUGCUUUCAAGGACUCCAAUGGUGUCAAGGAGCUUGUCACUGCUCCUUUGGAUGGUAUGAUUUUGGAAGGUGUUACUAGAGAUUCCAUUUUGGCCUUGUGUAGAGAAAAACUUGAUAAGAAAGAGUGGAAGGUCAACGAGAGAUAUUGCUCGAUCUCUGAAAUUGAAGAGAGAGCCAAGAAGGGCGAGGUUGUCGAGGCCUUCGGUUCCGGUACCGCCGCUGUUGUUUCUCCAGUUAAGGAGAUAGGCUACAAUAGUGAGCACAUCAGCAUCCCAAUCCUUCCUGGUGAAGAGGCCGGUGCCUUGACCAAGCAGAUUGCUGAGUGGAUUGCUCAGAGACAGUAUGGUAUUGUCGAGAGCGAUUGGUCGAGAAUCGUUAAAGAACAGACUUCUUAG